CAAAAAAGGACGAAAAAAAAAAAAAGGGGGUUCUAAGCUCUAAUUUUAUGAUGAAUUUUUGCUUUUCCUUUUGUAAAGCAAAAAAUUCUUUUGCACUUUAUUGGAUCUUUGAUCUUUUUUACACUAUGGAGAAAGAAUUCCCAGAAAAUUAAAAAAUAAUAAAAAAAAAAGCUCAAGAACCAUGAUUGUCAUUGCCCAGUGGAUCUCUCUUCUGAAAGAUUUUUCUUUCUCUUCUUUUCAGGUGUUGAAUUGUUCGUAGCAGAGUGCCACCUGUUUGUAAAGAGGCAAUUUGGCAUUUAGUUUACUUGGUUGAGAAUGGAUCACCAAGGGCAUAACCAGGCCCAAUCUAUGGGGAUGGUUGGUGGUGGAGUUCAAAUGGCAUAUGGUGCAAAUCCUUACCAGUCUAAUCAAAUGACUGGAGGCCCAAAUCCCAGCUCAGUUGCAUCACUUGGAGCCAUUCAGUCUACCAGUCAACCUGGUGGGGCUCAGCUUGCACAGCACCAACUUGCUUAUCAGCAUAUCCACCAGCAGCAGCAGCAGCAACUUCAGCAACAGCUCCAAUCCUUUUGGGCAAAUCAAUACCAAGAAAUCGAGAAGGUAACUGAUUUCAAGAACCAUAGCCUUCCCUUAGCAAGGAUCAAGAAGAUAAUGAAGGCUGACGAGGAUGUAAGAAUGAUAUCAGCUGAGGCACCAGUGAUAUUUGCCAGGGCCUGUGAAAUGUUCAUCUUAGAACUGACCUUGCGGUCUUGGAAUCACACAGAAGAGAACAAACGUAGGACGCUUCAGAAGAAUGACAUUGCAGCAGCAAUCACAAGAACUGAUAUCUUUGAUUUUUUGGUUGAUAUCGUGCCAAGGGAGGACUUGAAAGAUGAAGUCGUUGCAUCUAUUCCAAGAGGCACAGUUCCUGUUGGGGGACCUGCAGAUGCCCUCCCUUACUGCUAUAUGCCACCUCAGCAUGCACCUCAGGUCGGCGCUCCUGGGAUGAUCAUGGGUAAACCUGUGAUGGAUCCGGCUAUGUAUGCCCAGCAGUCUCACCCCUACAUGGCUCAGCAAAUGUGGCAGCAAGCACCUGAUCAACAACAGUCGCCGUCAGAUCAUUAGAGGCUUAGCCCGGAAAUUGGGAACCAUUAGUUUUUAUCGAUAUAUCCUGUGAAUCUCAAACUGAAAGAAUCAUGAGGCCUUUAGCAAUGAAGUGGUGCAGUCAAGAUUUAAGUUAAAGAGAAAGGCAGACUUCAUGUAGAUAUAAAAUGUCCGGAAGAGUAGCAGGUCUUGAUUGCACCUGUCCUUUUUGGCUGCUUAUUUUCUUUUUUCUUUUGUUCUUUUCUAUUUCAAGUUGGCUGGUUUUACUUAAACAAUAUAAUGUGUACUUUAACGUGACACUUGUUUAACAAGUACUUUUAUUUCCUCUUUGGUUCUUA